CUCGCACGAACGCACGCGCGGCGCGCGCGCACAGUCUUGGCCCAGUUGCGGACGUCGGCAAUAUUAUUAUUAUAAUCUGAUAUCGGCGGCGCGGCACCAGCAGUGGUGGUAACCGGCGGCGGCUAUUCAUUACACGCCGCCGUCGUCGUCGUCGUCGUCGUCGUCGCAUUCCCGUUCCCAUCGUACGUGUACGACGCGAUCGUUCGGCCGGUCGCUCGCCACAAGCGCAAACCCAAGCCGUCUUGUCCCGUCCGUGACCGUCGCGAUUGACCGUCACUAUCAGUUCGGUUCGGUUACGCGCACCAGCAGCAGCGGGCCCGCACGUCGCGUACCGCGUUCCUUCCAAGUGUCGUCGAAAAUCCCGAUACCGGCGGAUUUCGGGGUUGUAAUAGGUGUAUGCUGUGCUGCAACGGGCGCCCAACGAGCAGCAGACGCGAGCAACCCGGAAACAAAAACGAUCUCGUCCGCGACCUACAACAACCGCCAACACCUGUUGAAAAAACCUUCAGACCGCACUCGCUUCAAAUUAUCAUUACAUUGUUAUAGCCGAGCCCUGCCGUCCGGAUAUCGUCGUCGUAGCGGACCGAAAUCGAUAUUAUAAUGACGACGUCUGUAGUGGCACUAGUUGUCACUGUCGGCACGCUUGUGACGCUGGUGCGGUCCGCAGUGGUCGUCGAUAACGUCAAGCGACCAAUAACGUUGAACAGCGAAGAGUUUUCCAGUAUUUCGGGCAGUGAAUGUGACGACGGCCGUGUGGCCAAUUGCCGUACGUUACCGUUGUUCAACUACACCGAACUGGCGCCUCCGCCCGUGGACGCAGAGGCCGCCGACGACAUACUACAAGAUCCAAAUUGCCCGUACAAAUAUUUGGAACGGCAUUUAAGAUGUGUGGACAUUUUUACGCGCCGUUGUUUGACGAAAGAUCAGCGACGAGCAUUUUACUCGUUAUACUCGGUACCGACGAUGGACUUGCAAGAGUUGUGCAACGAAGGAUCGCCUUACAGGGACGAGUAUCGAAAACAUGCUGUCUGUUUGCACACCGUGCACACCGAGUACGUGAAGUGCGGUCAGCGACACAAACACGAACUAGCUUCCCUUAUGGUGGACCAUGGGCCGUACCAAUAUCAAAACGGCAACAACGGAUCUCAGUUGACGUCGGUGCCGUUUGCCGGCGUGGAACAAAUAACCCAGAACUUGGCCCACUUGUGCCGAUCUUUCAGAGGACACUUGCAAUGCGUGAACGGCAUUGUUCGGGCCAAGUGCGGCGCGGAAACAGAAGAGUUCGCGAAUCGCUUCCUCAGUCAGAUGGCCUCUUCGCUCCUGAACAUUUGUGACACUUACGGAGACCUAAAGGAUGGUGACGUAUCGGGGUCGCCGUCGUCGGUCGGCACUGGAUCUUUGAGGAUUACGACCACCGCCGCCGCGGUGCUUUUGGUGGUGGCAUUUCGAAUAACGCGAUAACGCCGCGCACGAGCUGAGAUCGACUCCAAUGGAAUCUACUACAACGACACAAGGAAAAUAUAUUCAUAGGCCAGCUGUCGUUUUCAGUGUAGUAAUAUUUUUUUUAACAAGUUAGGUACCUAUAUAUGUAUGUAUACGUGUACCUGCCGUCUCACUCCCUUAUACCUUUUCGUUACUCUACUAUUUGCUGUACCUAAUGUUAUAAUUGUUGAUGUUUAUUUAUUUUUAUUCGUAUUUUUAAAUUCCUGUACACUGUACGAUUAUCAUUGUAAGAGUACUGCACUACUGUACCUAUUAUGUUUAGUUUUAAUUGAUUAAUCGAUAUAGAGUACUGUACAACCGGCAGACGUGAAUUGUACUGUAUAAUAUAUGGUCUGAUGCGUAUUUAUUCUGGUAGGCAGCAUAAUCACCAAUUAUUGCUAUAAUUACGAUACUUAUAAUUAUUAGAUGUAAUUUUAUCAUUUGUUUUAUUUUUGCCGUUGAUUUCUGCUGCAAUAACAGAUGGAGUUAGAAAUAAAAUCAGUUGUUUAUAAUGAA